AUGGCACUCAAAUUGUUUGACUCUGGAAGGAUUGAUUUGCGUGUUCUACUCCUGUCGUUCUCCACUGCAAUCCGCCGUUCUGCACUCACCUUGCAAGGCGCACGGCGCACGCCUUGCAUUGGGCUAGCCCGAUCUGCGAUUCAUGGCUCGGAUGACUGCACAUCAAUCCACUUCACAAAGAUGACUGGCGUGCCAUCAUGGCAGGGGACGUGCCACGUGACAGCAGUACCCUCUCAUGCUGUUCUUUACUUCCCUCCCUCAUUCUCCGGAGCAUGGGUGCAUCAGCAGGGCUUGGCUGUGACGGCUGGGCUGAUGAAGCUGAAGAGUGCAACCAAGUGCCUCCUGGGUGACACGUGUGCUUCAAUAAACACCCUUCUUGACACCAACAUAACAGAUCUAAAUCGUAACAUUGACUGCUCACAGCCUCUCGUACCUGGAAAGCGCAUAUGUGUGCGGAGCAACCCUAACGUCCCCGCGCCCCCGGUGGCGGCCUGCAUGAUGCAUCAAAUUCUCGACCCGGAGGUGCACACGUGCCAGCGGCUCUCCACGCUCGGCUAUGGAUAUAACCGCAUGAGCUACUCAUCGCUCUUCCGAAUCAACCCCGCCCUCUACUGCGACCUGCUGCUGCCUGGUGCAGCUGGGUGGGAUGACUCUGUUCUCGACUCGGUGUGCGUUAUGGCAGAUAUGCUGCCAGGUUCCGGGGGAAUACAGUGCGAUACUCGCCGGUUCUACUACGUGAGGAGAGGAGAUACCUGUGGCAAGCUGAUUGCGUCUAGAUACAAGCGGAAAGUAGACCUCUUUCGGUCACUCAAUGGGGGGUAUGACUGUACCGUGUCGUCGUUGUGGGAGGGCAUGAAGCUGUGCUUACCGUGA